CGGACAAUCUUGUUCAAAGCUUUAGUCAGCAAUUUGAUUCCGUUGGAGCAGCAAGAAGAAAACUCGAGUUUUUCCUUUCUCCUUUUUUAUCGGCGAUAAAGUUUAGGAAGUGUCCACAAUGGCCGACGACAACUCGUGGGUGUUCGACUCGCUAGUCUGCUUUCUGCACGGGCCGGUCUGGAACGCUCCGCUGCAGACCUUCAUCGAGGACAAAUCGAUAAUUUUCGACCCCAACCUCAAACCGGACGAGCAGAACCCGGAGUUCCGGCGGGUUCACGACGAGUACAAGAACCUGGUGGACUACAUGCUCGGUACGUUCAUGGACGAGAUGCACAUCACGCCGGAACAGUUUGAGUUUGCCUGCCUGGAGGGUCGCAACUCGGCGGCCAUGUCGUCCGGGGUGUCGCCGAGUCGGGCGGAUGGAGGUGAAGGGGAUGCCAACACGUUCUCCUUUCACCAGGGGCUGUUCCAGCAGAUUUGGGCCGCGAAUGACAUUCGGAUUUUCAUCCGAAUGAUGACGCAGCGGAACGUGGAGAUCCAGCUGCAGGCGCUGGACCUGAUCGAGCGGAGACAGGCCUCGCAGGCUUCGCAGGACGGUGGGGAGGGUGGACCGGAGGAGGGGGAGGGGUUGGAGGAAAGAGGCACAGACACUGAGGUGGAAAUCGAGCAGCACAUCAUCAAGUCGGUGGACGACGAGGUGAAGGAGAACCCGAUGGCCGCCGGGUCACUGGUGCCCAAUGGACCCGUCGGGGAGGACGGAACGACGCUGGACGAGGUGGCGGAAGCGAGCGACAAGUUUCAGCGGCUUAACUUGUUCUUUGACCAGGAUAAGGUCAACAACGACGACAUGCGCGUCCGGCAGGAGUAUCUGCGCGCCCAGCGGGACAAGAUUCUGCAAAUCAAGAAACAGGCCCGGGCCCGCCAGCUCAACGAAACCAUCCGGAAGAACCCGGCGGAACGACCGGCGUCGGCCCAGGUCGCGCAGAAGAUCCUGGAGGGUGGUCCGGACGGUACCGAGCCGCCGGAAUCCUCGAUGCAGCUGCGCAAAAUGCUCGCCCAGAGAUUACGCAACGAGGUGAUUGAGAAGGAAUAGUUUGGUGGAGUUGAGCUUGGUUUUGUUUUUUUGGUGAAUUGAACAUUCUAAAUGUAUACAUUCUAUGCUUAAUGUUUCGUAUUGCUCGUGAAGAUUAAAGUUGUUUCAUUGCCGUACAA